AAGGCUGCGUUUCUCCCGGAACGUCAGGAGUUCGGCCCUGAGCGUGAGCUGCGGUAGCGAAGACUGAGUGCAAGCUGAUGCUGAGUGGACAGCUGGUUGGAAGCCUGCUCUCCAUGGCUGGCCGCGUCUGUGUGUCCCGGGGCAGCGCCAGAUCAGGGGCCAUCGGUCCCGUCGAGGCCGCCAUUCGCACAAAGUUGGAGCAGGCGCUGAACCCCGAGGUCCUGGAGCUGCGUAAUGAGAGCGGCGGCCACGCGGUCCCACCAGGCAGUGAAACCCAUUUCCGCGUGGCCGUGGUGAGCUCUCGCUUCGAGGGACUGAGCCCCCUGCAACGGCAUCGGCUGGUCCACGCGGCGCUGUCAGAAGAGCUGGCUGGGCCGGUCCACGCCCUGGCCAUACAAGCGCGGACCCCCGCCCAGUGGAGGGAGAACCCUCAACUGGACACGAGCCCCCCUUGCCUGGGCGGGAGCAAGAAAACUCGAGGAACUCCUUGAACCCUGAGACAGAGGGAGGACCGGGAUCCAAACGGGUUGGACAGGAAGAAGCAGGAGACGCAGGACAUCACGCUGGAGCCAGCUAGAGCCGGGGAAGGAGAAAGCAGCAUGAGCCUGGCCACAGCCCACACUGUCCUGUCGACCAGCGUUGAGCGCAGCCCAGGAUGAGACUCUCUUUUUGCCAAGGUACCCAAAAGAAAGGCUUUCUACUCAUCCCCAACCUCCCUUAUAAUUGUCUUAUUAACAAUUCAGUACCAACCAUUUCUUCAGUUCAGGCUAUGGGCCAAGCAACUUGAUGGUUUACACACACUGCUAACAAGUCAACCUCAUGAGACAGGUACUGUCAUCACCGCCAUGUCACAGAUGAGACAGCUGGGCUCACAGAGGUAAAGUGACUUGCCCAAGGUAGGCGGUGGAGCUGAGAUUCAAAACCGAUGACCUCAAAGCCUGUGCCCUGAACUUGCUAUUCUGCCUACCUCCUACCCCCAGAAGAGCUCCCCCCCAGACCCCUCCCUGUCCUGCAGCCACCCGCAAGCAGAAGAUGUGAGAGACAGAACCUUCCGUCUUAGUUUCUGGCUAAGCUUUCCACAGACUAAGCUGAGAAGCCCAGUGACAACCUUUCCCUUCCCCCAGCCCCCUAAACAGUUCCGACACACCAC